AUGGCCAUUAAGCUCGCGGGUCUGCUAUCCAUUGCGCUGUCGCUGAGCGGCCUUGCUCUCGCAAAUCCGAAUCCCAAGACUGACUACGAUGUCAUCGUUGUUGGAGGAGGUCCCUCGGGUCUGAGUGCCCUCAGUGGCGUCUCGCGUGUGCGAAGGACUGCGCUCCUGUUCGAUGACAAGCAUUAUCGUAACGGACCAACGAGGAAUAUGCAUGACGUGAUUGGGAAUGAUGGGACUCCACCAGAUGAGUUCCGCGCUCUGGCGCGCAAGCAGAUUUCCGAGUAUCCAACAGCUUCAUGGUCCAAUCAGACUGUUAUGUCUAUUACAUCCAUUGGCACGGACAAAGUCUCUGUUUUCCGCGUUGCAGAUUCUGAAGGCAGAAACCACACUGCUCGCAAGGUGGUUCUUGGCACCGGUUUACGGGAUCUCCUUCCAGAUACUCCGGGGGUGAAGGAGAACUGGGGGAAGGGAAUCUGGUGGUGCCCUUGGUGUGACGGUUACGAGCACCGUGAUCAGAGACUUGGUAUCUUCGGCCCCUUGGCCGAUGUUGUUGGUAGUGUUCUCGAGGUCAACACCCAAUACUCGGAUAUCAUCGCGUAUGUCAAUGGCACUCAGAACGAGGCCACCGAGGCAGAGACCGAAAAGCGACGUCCAGAUUGGAAAAAACAGCUGGCUGUGUGGAAUGUGACCAUUGACAACCGCACUAUCUCUGCGGUCAAGCGACUCCAAGAUGGUGCCAAAGUACAAAACCAAGCCACGCACCAGCAAUUUGACAAAUUUCAACUCGAGUUCACCAAUGGUGAGACCGCUGAACGUGAUGCGAUCUUCACGAACUAUCCCUCCGUCCAAGCAUCGAAUCUGCCUGGGCAACUCCAUCUCAACGUCACCAACGAGAAGAUUGUGGUCAGCUCAUCCAGCAUGAUGACCAGUAUUGCGGGAAUCUAUGGCGUGGGCGAUGCCAACAGUGAUGGUAGCUCCAACGUCCCCCACGCCAUGUUCAGCGGGAAGAAGGCUGCUGUCUACCUCCACGUCCAAUUGUCUCGCGAAGACACCGAGUCUAAGAUCUCGAAGCGCACAGGCCUCAGCCACACGGAGUUGGAAGAAGAGGCAAACCGUGUCAUUGGACGUAACCUCGAGCCUUUCUGGGAUGAUGUGAUGGGCAGACGAUGA